CGUAUCGCGUAAUAUGGAAACGCUCUUACGUCUUACAUGUAUUUGUUUUGCCGGCGAUAUCAGUACGAGCCGUUAUCGCGAGCUGGAUACUCGUUUCUUUUUUCAACUCAAUGUUUAAAAAAUGAUUGCUAGAAAGUGUUUACAACUGAGACAAUUAAACAAAUGUAAUUUCGCAUUGGUAUACACAAACAAAGUCUACCUCAAAAAUGUUUCUUCGAGGAUCCAAAAAAAUCACGAUAUUGGUCUACGAUGUAUACAUUCAACAAGUAUAUUGAACAAAAUAGUCCCAUUUAAGCUAUCCGAUAUCGGAGAGGGCAUCAAAGAAGUAGUCGUCAAAGAAUGGUUCGUAAAAGAGGGCGACAAAGUUCAGCAGUUCGACAACAUCUGUGAGGUGCAGAGCGACAAAGCCACGGUCACGAUCACAAGCAGGUACGACGGGACGGUAACGCGACUGUACCAUCAGGUCGACCAAACUGCCCUAGUCGGUCAUCCCCUAGUCGACAUUAAUGUAGAAGAUAGUGGCGAAGAAGAAUCUCCUAGUCCAAAAGAUGAAAAAAUAGAAACAAAUGCAGACGCAAAAACAGAAAGCAUAGCACAACGAACAAAAGUACUGACAACUCCAGCAGUAAGAAGGAUUGCAGCACAAUUUAAAGUAGAUCUGAGCACUGUUAAUGCUACAGGAAAAAAUGGAAGACUACUAAAAGAAGAUUUGCUUUCCCAUCUGAAUAUGUCUUCUGAUAACUCAAAUAUUGUUCCUGAACCAAGCCAAAUAAAAGCGGCAACUGUCGAAACAGUCGCAGAAGAUAAAACGGUGCCAAUAACUGGAUUUACAAAAGCAAUGGUCAAGUCAAUGACUGAGGCUAUGAAAAUUCCACACUUCGGAUACUGUGACGAAUACGAUGUUACGAAACUAGUCGAAUCUCGGGAGAAUCUUAAAGUUUUAGCUCAAAAACAGGGUGUUAAGUUGACUUACAUGCCAAUAAUCGUAAAAGCAGCGUCACAAAGUCUUACGGCGUAUCCAAUUUUGAACAGCAGUCUUGACAGCGCCUGCGAAAAUAUCACAUACAAGAGUAGCCACAAUAUAGGAGUAGCUAUGGACACGCCUAAUGGAUUAGUUGUUCCUGUCAUCAAGAAUGUACAAAACAAAAGUAUUAUUGAAAUUGCCAAAGAACUAAAUUCAUUGCAAGACAAGGGAUCAAAGGGUCAACUGAGUCUGAGUGACCUGUCUGGAGGAACGUUUACUAUCUCGAAUAUAGGAAUCGUUGGAGGAACUUAUACGAAACCAAUCAUCUUUCCACCUCAAGUAUCUAUCGGAGCUCUGGGAAAAAUACAAGUAUUACCCAGGUUCGACGCAGCAGGAAACCUGGUGAAAGCCCACAUCCUCACAGUGAGCUGGUCGGCCGACCACAGGGUCGUCGACGGAGUGACCAUGGCGCGAUUCUCAAACCAACUGAAGGCGUACUUAGAAAACCCUUACAAAAUGUUGCUGGAUUUAUAAUGAUUCAAUGAAAAUGCAAAUAUUUUUACAAACGUU